GCAAUCAUGAGUGGACGAGGUAAAACCGGAGGCAAAGCCCGCGCUAAGGCAAAGACCCGCUCAUCCCGUGCUGGGCUUCAGUUCCCAGUCGGUCGUGUUCACAGGCAUUUGAGGAAGGGCAACUAUGCCCAGCGUGUUGGUGCCGGUGCCCCCGUCUACCUGGCGGCUGUGCUGGAGUACCUGACCGCUGAGAUCCUGGAGCUGGCUGGAAACGCUGCCCGCGACAACAAGAAGACCAGGAUCAUCCCCCGCCACCUGCAGCUCGCUGUCCGCAACGACGAGGAGCUCAACAAGCUGCUUGGCGGAGUGACCAUCGCUCAGGGUGGUGUGCUGCCCAACAUCCAGGCUGUGCUGCUGCCCAAGAAGACCGAGAAACCCGCCAAGAAACUCUCGAAAUUAACUGAAAUCAUGAGUGGACGAGGCAAAACCGGAGGUAAGGCCCGUGCUAAGGCAAAGUCCCGCUCCUCCCGUGCUGGGCUCCAGUUCCCAGUCGGUCGUGUCCACAGACUGCUUAGGAAGGGUAACUAUGCCCAGCGUGUUGGUGCCGGUGCCCCCGUCUAUCUGGCGGCUGUGCUGGAGUACCUGACCGCUGAGAUCCUGGAGCUGGCUGGAAACGCUGCCCGCGACAACAAGAAGACCAGGAUCAUCCCCCGUCACCUGCAGCUGGCUGUCCGCAACGACGAGGAGCUCAACAAGCUGCUGGGCGGAGUGACCAUCGCUCAGGGUGGUGUGCUGCCCAACAUCCAGGCUGUGCUGCUGCCCAAGAAGACCGAGAAACCCGCCAAGAAGUAA